ACCAGUCAGCCUUCACUACGCAGUCGCAGACUCAAAUGAAAUGGCGGACGAAGUUGAGCAGGUCAGUGUCUCAGCGGUAUAUUUCACUGAUAUUAUUGACCAACGCGUCUUUCAAAUCAACUCAAUAGACAGGGAACUGACAGUUCAAUGAUGAACCUAUUUUAGGAUCCUUCUCGUUUCACUGUGUUCAUGUUUAUUUCUGCUAACAGCAGGAAGCGGCCUGUGAAGUAAGCUAGCUGGGUUAGCCUCGUUAGCAUAUGAAGCUUCAACGUGAUCAUCGAUAUUGAUGUUUUAUUGACUUAAUUUCUGCCACAGUUUAGGCUGGAGUCAGUGUAAUAUGACUUUUAUCUGACUUUCUGUCCUGAAAGUACGUAUAAUUGUUGAGUAUUAGGGUUUAGUGCUUGUCCUGACAGUAAAUAUUGUAUAUUCACAUUUAAGAAUUGUUAACAGCAGGGAGUUUUUCAUUGCUCAGUAUAAUUCUCACUUUAUGAUAUGCUGAAUAAGUUUCAGAAACACAGCUGUAAUAAUGGGAAAUGUAAAGAAAGGCUGUUCCGCCUAUGGGUUGUGACUUAAAGGUACAUUCUGCAGAGUUUAGCAUAAUUUUCCCACAGAUAUUGAAUAUACUAUGCAGAAGUUGGUCUAAAUUAGUAUAUCUUGAAUGAAAUGUUAGGAUUGCUUUAUUUCUGAUGACCUGGAGGGUCCUGUCCUCAGAGGCUGUCGGGAACACUCCCAUGUUUUUUUUUUUUUUUUGCUUAAGCUCACAGUGGACAAACAAGCAGGAACCAAACUUGUUUUUCAACAUUUAGGGGCCUGAAGGAGAGAUGCUGGGAGGAAAACAGAGAGUGGUACUUGUUGUUGUUCAAAUGAAUUUGAUAACGUUUGGACAAACACAGGAUAAGACUUCUCAUGCAUCACUGAAUCAAAAAUCUGAGUGUUUCGCCUGUGGAUUUUGUGCCUCUUUUUCACUGUCAUAGUUUCUCUAUGAGGAAACUUGUUUGUCAAACUUGUGAAUUUUUGGAUAAGUGUAAAAAAUACUUUGUUUCCAUGUUUUUCAUUAUCAUAAAAAGGAAACAGAUAAAUCUGAAUCUUUACAGUAAAAAAAAGAAAAAAGGACUGUUCUGAAUGCUCCCCGAUCUCUUUGCUUGUUGACCACCUGAAUCUUAUAAAUGAAGCGCCCGCGUCCACAUAAUAUAACUUGUUGACUUUACUUUUUAAAGAUUGAUGAUAUGAUUAGUCAUUUCUCUACUGUCUUUCCUUUCUGUGUGCUGCAGCAACCGACUACCAACACAGUGGAGGAGCCUCUGGAUCUGAUCAGACUCAGUUUGGAUGAGAGGAUCUACGUCAAGAUGAGGAACGAUCGAGAGCUCAGAGGCCGACUGCAUGUGAGUUAGAAACCCUCCUCCUGCUCCUCAGCUCUGAAACUCCUUCAUGGUCGUGUCACAGGCGUUUUACUUUGAUUUAGUUCGCUUAAAUGAAUACAUCCCAUGUUUCCUGGCUUGCGUGUUAAACUUGUGGACAUGUCUCUUCUUGCUGUCUGUGUUUGUCCCAGGCUUAUGAUCAGCACCUGAAUAUGAUCUUAGGUGAUGUGGAGGAGACGGUAACAACAGUAGAGAUUGAUGAGGAGACGUAUGAAGAACUCUAUAAGGUAGGACUUGUGUUUUUAUGUUACAGUUUCUUCACCCAACACCUGCUGCUGAUGUGGACAGAGUUCUGAUUUUGUAUUUCUGUCUUUUCAGUCAACCAAAAGAAACAUUCCCAUGCUUUUUGUCAGAGGUGACGGCGUUGUCCUCGUAGCUCCGCCUCUCAGGGUCGGCUAACCUGGACUGUUUCCUGGGAUGAAGAAAUGUUUUUCUUUUCUGACUGGACAGGAAGUUUGUAAAACUGAGUGGGGGCGGAGGACGGCGCCGUCACGACGGUUUGAAAUGGUUUGGCUCGAACAUCUGUAGUCCUGUCAAGUCCUUUCAGUCAGCACUGUCCCCCUUUGACCCAGACGUCAGCUCCAACACAGAUUUUCAGUUUUCAAUAUCAAACCAUUUGACAGAAGAGAAAAAACAAACUAAUCUUCCUGCAAUUUUGGACUUAGACGAACUUUAUUCCCUUUUUAUUUAGGUGAAAAGAAACAUAAUUUAUUCCAGGUCUCUCUCUCAUAUGUGAGGGUUUCUUUCUCAUUAUUCUUACAAAUAUAUAGACGCUGUUCUUUGCCACCUGACUGAUUUAUUGGUUUAUUUCCCUCUGAGUAUUAGAAUCAAACAAAGUGAGCAGAAGAGUUUUUUGUUCUUGAAUCUGAAAUGUCUAAAAUGAAACUUUACGUUGUUUCUGAUCUAAACCCUUAGAAAACGUCAUCACAUGAUGUUUGAGUGUCUUGAAGAGUGUUUUUGAGCCUCUUUUGAGAUGAUUUCAGUCGAUGUCCUUUUUACACUUUGUGGUGUUUGAAGCAUUUUUGAGUCUGUGAUGGUCAGAUUUGUGAACAUUUGUGUUCUUUGUUUUUUUUGGUAACGUGAAUAAAAAAAAAAAAUCUUGUUUGAAAAAGCGAAAUGUCUUAAAUUUGUAUUUUGUAAAGAACAUUUCUGAAUCGUGAAGUUACUCCUGACCAGGUCGUUAUUUGAAGCUGAAAGGCCAAAGAUAGAUGAGGACCACGACUUCACCUAAGGAGCAGUAUAUCAUGUGUGGAUCAGGGAAAAGGGAAGUUACUGCCAACUUCCCAAGGUUAAAUAAGUGGACAUGAAUGUUAAAAUAUUUGUUUGGAUCAGGUUAUUGAAAAAGUCAUAAAUUUACAGGAGCAGUGUCGCACAUUUAAAGAAAUAAAUUCAUCAUUAGCCUCUGUCGGCUCAGGAUGAUCUUAUGAAGUUGAGGACAAAGCAGUGACAAAAGUCUGCAUAAGCUUCCCUUCAUUACAGACUCUGCUUCUUUAAAUCACUGACAUCAUAUCUGCAGUAAGGUAUUCAUUAAACUUGCGCUGGAGUUAAACUUCA